GCCCGGCCACCAAGCUCCCCUCGCUUAGUCUGGUUGGCCCCAUGUUACUGAGCGGAGCUCCUCCCGCGGGCUCCGGCCCGGGGCAGCGGGCGCAGGGGAGCUCGGGGAGCGGCCCAGGGGGGUCGCGCCGAGGCGCUGGGGGAGCGGGAGCCGGCCCAGGAGGGGGCGGCAGUGGCGGAGUGGCCAAGUGGCUCCGGGAGCACCUGGGCUUCCGCGGAGGGGGCGGCGGCGGAGGUGGGGGCAAGCCGGCGCCCCCGGAGCCGGACUACCGUCCCCCCGCACCCUCCCCGGCCGCGCCCCCUGCGCCACCCCCGGACAUCCUGGCCGCCUACCGGCUGCAGAGGGAGCGCGACUUCGAAGACCCGUACUCUGGGGGGCCGUCCAGCUCCGCUGCUGCCCCAGCCACCCCCGCCGUCCCCGGCCCCACGCCGCCCCCGCGCCACGGCUCGCCUCCCCACCGCCUUAUUCGGGUUGAGACCCCUGGCCCCCCAGCGCCCCCUCCCGAGGAGCGGAUCUCUGGACCCCCCGCCAGCAGCGACAGGUUGGCAAUCCUAGAAGACUAUGCGGACCCAUUUGACGUUCAGGAGACUGCUGAAGGCCCAGCAGGAGCUUCAGGAGCUCCAGAGAAGGUCCCUGAAAAUGAUGGCUACAUGGAGCCCUAUGAGGCCCAAAAGAUGAUGGCUGAGAUCCGGAGCUCCAAGGAGACAGCAGCUCAGCCCCUGCCUCUGUAUGACACGCCCUAUGAGCCAGAGGAGGAGGGGACCACCCCAGAGGGUGAGGGGACCUCCUGGCCCCGGGAGUCCCGUCUGCCAGAGGAUGAUGAGAGGCCCCCUGAGGAGUAUGACCAGCCCUGGGAAUGGAAGAAGGAGCGGAUUUCCAAAGCCUUUGCAGUUGACAUUAAGGUCAUCAAAGACCUACCUUGGCCUCCACCGGUGGGACAGCUGGACAGCAGCCCCUCCCUGCCUGAUGGGGACAGGGACAUCUCCGGUCCAGCCUCACCCCUCCCUGAGCCCAGCCUGGAGGACGGCAGCGCCCAAUUUGAAGGAUCUGAGAAGAGCUGCCUGUCACCCGGCCGGGAGGAGAAGGGGCGGCUACCUCCCCGACUCUCUGCAGGGAACCCCAAGUCAGCCAAGCCCCUAAACGUGGAACCCAGCAGCCCCCUGGGGGAGUGGACAGACCCAGCACUGCCUCUGGAAAACCAGGUCUGGUACCACGGGGCCAUCAGUCGAACAGAUGCCGAGAACCUGCUCCGCCUGUGCAAAGAGGCCAGCUACCUGGUGCGCAACAGUGAGACCAGCAAGAAUGAUUUCUCCCUGUCCCUCAAGAGCAGUCAGGGCUUCAUGCACAUGAAGCUGUCCCGGACCAAGGAACACAAGUACGUGCUGGGCCAGAACAGCCCGCCCUUCAGCAGCGUCCCUGAAAUCGUGCACCACUACGCCAGCCGCAAGCUGCCCAUUAAGGGGGCCGAGCACAUGUCCCUGCUCUACCCUGUGGCCAUUCGGACUCUGUAGAUGUGAGGGCGGGCACUGUGACAAAUCUGGACCCAGCCCUGUGCCCAUCCCCUGGCUGAGGGCUGUGGUCCUUCCCAGGGACAAGUUCUGUCAAACCUUUCUUCCCUUCUCCCUGAGAUCGAGUGGAAGCUGGAGAUUCCUUAAUUUAUUCUAAAGGGGAAGCCCUACUGGGGCCUUGGAGUAAAAAGGUUGUCGGAGCUGAGGACAGAGGAAUCCCUGGGGAGAAAGGAUAGCCCCUGGAGGAAGGGGACUUCAGAGCCGCUGGUGUCCUGCGGAGUUUAAGAUAUGCAGCUCCCUGCCAUUUUCGCCCUUAGGGCACAGAUGGCGACCCCCCCCCCCUUCCCCACCACCUCCUUCCCCCUGGGUCAAUUCGGGGUGGGGCAGGACACGGUCCUGCGGGGCGCCCUGGCCAUCUCUCCGCCUCCACCCCCACACCACCGGCGGGCUCCGUCCAGAGUCUGGUGAGGGGCUUGGGGAAGGAAGACCCCUAGGGUGGCGAUAGCAUUGAAGGUAGGGAAACGAGGGGAAGGGCUCGGGAUGGAGGGAACUUGCGCAGUCCCCGAGCCGCCCCGGCUCUCGGCCAGAUGCAAUAAAUAAACCCAGUCCUGCCAGGCA